AUGCACAUAAAAAACAUUCUGAUUUCAGGUUUUCGCUCCUACCGAGAUCAAUCUUUUCAGGUGGACCUGUCACCCAAGAAUAACGUUAUUGUGGGAAAAAAUGGUUCAGGUAAAUCGAAUUUCUUUGCAGCUGUUCAGUUUGUUUUGAGUGAAAAGUAUAGUACAUUAACGACCGCUGAACGUAAGGAACUCUUUCACGUGGGUUCCGGAAGACCGGCCUUGUCCAUUUUUGUUGAGAUCAUCUUUGAUAACUCUGAUGGUCGUCUUGUUAUCCCUGGACGAGCUGAAGAGAAAGAAGUGCGGAUACGGCGUACUUUGGGACUUAAACAAGACGAAUUUCGCGUGAACGAUCGUCGCUUUACGGCAACAGAGGUAAGGCAACUGUUGGAAAGUGCAGGAUUUUCUUCAAGUAACCCCUACUAUAUUGUGGAGCAGGGUAAGAUCGUCAACAUGGCCAAUAUGAGUGAUGAAGAGAGAUGUCAGCUUAUCAAGGAUGUGGCGGGCACAAGAGUCUAUGAAUCGAGAAGAAAAGAAAGUGAAGAAAUCUUGCAAGAAACUUCCGUCAAGUACAACAAGAUAGAGGAGUCUAUUGGAGAGUUGCAAAACAGAUUGACAGAGCUUGAGACUGAAAGUGCUGAAUUAAAGUCUCUUCAAGGAAUUGAAAAGGAAAGAAAAUGUAUUGAAUACUCCAUAUUUUCUUUGGAGUUGAACAAUGCGAAAGAGUGCCUGCAGAAAUUGGAUGAAAAACGAGGCGAAUAUGUUUCCUCAUUAAAUGAAGAAAGAAGUGUUGAAAAUAAUACGAAGAACUCUAUUGAAGAGGCAGAGACAGAUGUUCGCAAUUGUUCCAAACGCAUUGCGCAUUUGGAGGGUGAACUGCAGUUGCUGGAAAGAGAGGCAACCAAACUGAAUAGUAAGAAAGCCAUUGCUCAGUUGGAUGCUGCUGAUGCGAAGAACGCAAUAAGUCGUAAUGAAAAGGAAAGCAUGUCUCUUCAAAAAGAAGCAGAAAAUUUGGGAAAAAAUAUAGAAAAGAUGAACAGAGACUUGGAAGUAAGACGGAAUAGCCUACAUCAACAUCAGACAACAACAGAACUGAAAAGUAAUGAGGUGUCCAGCUUAGAAGCAAAACUGGAAAUUCUUCUUGCUAAGAGAGGACGAAGGAAGCUUUUUAAAAACAAGGCAGAACGUGAUGCAUGGCUUGCUGGGGAAAUAGAACGGAACAGAAAAACCAUAGAUACGCACAAGAAGGAGAUUGAUCGUAUAAACAAGAGCAUAAAGGAAGUAGGCGAUCGCAUUGAAGAAGAAGAUAAGCAAAGGAAGGAAAAGCAGGCCGUAACAAGGAAGGUGGAAUCAAAAUUGGCUAAUCACGAAGUUCUAAGGGAGAAACUCGUAGCAAUGCGGAAUACGCUGAAUAUGGAGCGGAGAAGUUUAUGGCAAAAGGUCAAUGAACAAGAAAUCACCGUUCAAAGGUUGCAGGACGAAUGGAGCCGUUCAAGACAUCAACUUGAGCGUGCUGUUCGCCACGAUAUUCGUCAAGGGUUACAGUCCUUAAAAGAGGUCUUACAUGAGCUUGCCGAUGAAAGACUUACAAGCGCAGUUCAUGGUCAGUUGAUUGAACUAAUUGAUGUCAGGCAGGGAUAUGAAACAGCAGUUGAGGUGACUGCAGGCAAUGCGCUUUUUAAUGUUGUUAUUGAUUCCUUUGAAGUGAGCGCGAUAAUUCUUGGCCAAAUCAAUUUGAGAAGGAAACCAGGACGUAUUUCCUUUUUUCCCCUGGAUACAUGCAAAAGCGAACCCAUCCGAUUAAAUGGAAAAGAAGGAUCUAGCUUACUGAUGGACAACAUCGCUUGUGACUCAAAAUUUAAGGGUGUUGUGGCUGAAUUAUUUGGGAAGACAGCUAUUGUACCUUCUAUUGAAGAGGGCGCUAAAUUUGUGAAGCAAUAUAAUUGUGAUGCUGUGACAAUGGAAGGGGAUCAAAUAAGCCGCAAGGGCGGAAUUACCGGUGGAUACUUGGAAUCUCGCAAUUUGCGAUUGUUAUCUUUCAAUAAAGAGAAGAAAUUGGCUGUAAGGUUGUCAAAUGAGAAGAGUUUACUUGAAAAACUUUGUCACGAAGUGGCCGUUGUUGAACAGAAGAUAACUGAUGCCAUGAAUGAUGUUGAAUCCUUACGAGGAGAGGCUGCUAGGACAGAGAAUGAUGCAGAUGCAGAUCUUCGAGAUGCUCGUCUUCAUGGCGAACGAAAGCUAAAAUUGGAGAAGUAUCGGGAACAAUUAUUGGACACGCGAAAAUCCUUGGAAAAGGGAAUGGCUGAUGCAACUAGCUCUCUGGAACUUUUGCAACAGGAGACAAAAGAAGAGUUUUUGUCACACUGGGGAAAGCGAGAGGAGAGUCAACUGGAGGCUUUUAUUACAGAAGUGGAACAAUCUCGAGAGGAUCUUUCAUCACUUCAGCUACAGGGUGUUCAGUUAGCCACAGAGGUGCAAUUAUUGGAGGACACACUUCAAAAUAACACACGCCGAAUGAAUAUCGUAACUGACCGUGUUCGUGAACUUGGCUGGGUGAAUGCAAGCAAUCAGGGUGUGACACGGGAGCAAGGGAACGUGGACGGGGAACUUUCUUUUGUUUCUAAGCGACUGGAGGCUGUCCGACGCUCAAUUACUGAAGCGACAAACAAGAAAAUUGCGAGUGAAGAGAAACUAGAGGCGUUAAAAAAUACACGACUUGCGUCAGCUAGGUCUAUUCAAGAGCGAAGAGACAACGAUGAAAAAAUCCAGAUUCAGCGAACACUUCUCAUCCAGCGCCGCGAUGACGCCAUGGACAAGAUACGGAAGUUGGGUAUUGUUCCUAAAGAUGCCAGCAAGUAUUCUGGGCAAUCCCUUGGUAUGUUAAUGCAUCGCCUAAAAGAAAUCAAUGAAAAGAUGAAGAAGUAUUCGCAUGUGAACCGAAAAGCAAUGGACCAGUACUCAUCUCUUAUGGAAACGAAGAAUGAAUUGGUCGGUCAAAAAGAGAACCUUCAAAAUGAACUAGAAAGUAUUCAUGCGUUGAUGGGCCAUCUCGACAAGAAAAAGGAUGAGGCAGUGGAGCGAACAUUUAAGCAAAUGCAGUAUAACUUUGAGGAGGUUUUCAAGGAAAUUGUUUCUACUGAAGAUUGCCAUGGGGAGCUACAACUUGUCCGAUCAUCCGCCAAGAAGAACGCGGGAGAAGAUCCAUAUAUUGCUGCUCGAAUUCGUGUUUCCUUUGGACUUGGUACUCCCACUACAGAUCUUGCUCAGCUAAGUGGUGGACAAAAAUCGCUUGUGGCUCUUGCAUUGAUAUUUGCCAUUCAGCGCUGUGAUCCGGCACCAUUUUAUCUAUUUGAUGAAAUCGAUGCUGCUCUUGAUGCAGAAUAUCGUGCUUCGGUUGCAAAACUUAUCUUGAAAGAUUCUGAAGAAUGCCAAUUCAUCACGGCAACCUUCAAGACGGAGAUGCUUGAAGCAGCGGAUCGUGUCCUUGGCGUAUUCUUUCAUAACAAGAUAAGUCGAAUUCAGGCAAUUUCACUCGAAGAAGGAGUGAAAUUGCUGAAACAGGCAGCCUUUGAAGAAAGGAAAAGAGCAAGAGAGGUUGAAGCGUAA